CUUCACACUUCACAUCUGCACAAAAUGUUAGUCCCUGGCUCCUCUGAGGCUAAUGAGUCUACAAUUGUGGUAAUCGGUGCUGGCAUCAUCGGUCUUACCAGCGCCCUCAAAAUCCAACAGCUAACCGCCAACUCACCAUCAACAUCAGUUCUUCUUGUCGCCAAAGAAUGGCCAACUUCAAUCCCCGGUGCUCCAACAACUCACUCUGCAGACUAUGCUUCAAUGUGGGCUGGCGCUCAUAUCCGACCCAUCCCCGCAUCAACAUCACAGUUGCGUCGCGAAGCCAAGUGGGUGAAACACACUAUCGCUGAGCUUGACAAACAUAUGCAGGUUGAACCUUGGGUUGGGAUAAGACGUCUUCCGGGUAUUGAGUACCUUGAGGAUCCAUCACCUGAGUACUUGAAGCAAGAUGCCCAGAGUUUCGCCAACGAGACUGGACUGCCCGGAUAUCGGAAAUAUGAAGCGUAUGAACUACCUGAAAGUGUAAAGUUGGGUUUCGAGUAUGAGACGUAUUGUAUUCAUGCGCCGUUGUACACUGCUAGCUUGCUGCGCAAGUUUAUUGUUCAGGGCGGAAAGACACUACAGAGGGAUAUGAAGAGUGAAUGGGAGGCUUUUAUCCUGGCACCGAAUGUCAGAUUAGUAGUGAAUGCAAGUGGAAUGGGCUUUGGGGAUAAAAAGUGCUUCCCCAUCAGAGGCCAGACAGUGCUAACCAACCUCACCGCCGCCGACAAAACAAUCACAACUCAAAAGAAAGACGGUACAUGGAGUUUCAUAAUUCCUCGUUCUUUCAAUGGAGGAACAGUUAUUGGCGGUACCAAAGAAGUGGGAAACUGGCAGCUCGAAGCAUCACAGGAAACACGCAGUCAGUUGUUAAAAGCUGCUCAGUCAAUCAUACCACAAGCAUGCGAUAAAAACCAAAGACCUGAGACGAUAAAGGUGAUCAAGGAUGUUGUUGGUCGAAGACCAGCUCGCGAGGGCGGCAUGAGAGUCGAGACUGAAGCUAAAGAUACUACAUGGGGUGUCAAGCAUGUGGUUCAUGCCUAUGGCGCUGGGGGACGAGGCUUUGAAUUAUCUUGGGGCGUCGCAAGUGAGGUGGCUGAACUUGCGAGCAAGAUACUGGAGUCGCAGUCUAGCCCUCGAUCCAAGCUGUAGAAUUGGGGAUCUUGGUGGGAGCUUGUAUGAUUUGUGAUAACUAUGGAAAUGGCUCGGGAUCCUUUGCGGAGCUUCGGUCAAUGUUAUCGGCCUAAGUAGUAAGAAUAUUUGAAAGUACUAUUCUAUUUGUCCUUGGCCACGAAGCUAAUCUCCAUAGCCAAAGAAGCUAGGCGCGAGCGAUUGUAUAGGAAAAGAUUUGCAACCUCAUCCAAGCGAUACCAGUACAAUCCAGCAUUUCGAUCCUCCUAAACCUCAAAUUUGAUUGCGAAGGCUUGGGUUCUAUCAUCUGCGGCGACGAAAAACAUGACCUGAAGAAAAUUAGUC